AUGGAAUACGACCGAAUUCAACCGGUGCGACGCUUGACAGGAAUUCUGUCGUGGUGGUGCCUUUGGCCAAAAAACGAAUUGGACUCCAGACCGAAUUGGACUAACUGGCAGGGAUAUCUCCUGCAUGUUCCCUUUACCUUGGUCUUUGUGGUCCUUUUGUGGGUGGAGGCCAUAAUGAGCAGGGAUAUACAACAUACCUCCGAUGUCCUGCUAAUCUGCUUGACCACGACUGCCUUGGGGGCUAAGACACUCAAUAACUGGAAAUAUGCCCAUGUGGCUCAACGGAUUUUAACGGAAUGGAGUUCUUCAGAUCUUUUUGAGUUGAGGAGCAAACCGGAAGUGGACAUGUGGAAAUUCGAGCACCGACGUUUCAGCCGCGUCUCCAUUUUCUACGCUAUGUGCAGCGGAGGUGUUAUCCCUUUUGUUGUGAUCCAACCUUUGUUUGAUAUCCCCAAUCAAUUACCCUUUUACAUGUGGAUGCCCUUCGAUUAUAAGCAGCCGACUCUCUUUUGGUAUCCAUUUAUUUAUCAGGCUAUAACAAUUCCGGUUAUAUGUAUUUGUAAUAUUACCAUGGAUACUGUUAAUUGGUAUAUGAUGCUGCAUCUAUCGCUUUGCCUGCGAAUGUUGGGUCAACGAUUGAGUAGCCUUCGGCAUGAUAAUGAGAAGCUAAGGGAAGACUUCUUGGAAUUGGUGCAAAUCCACCAGAGACUAAAGCAACAGGCUUUGGAUAUUGAGACCUUCAUUUCGAAAAGUACUUUAACCCAAAUCUUGGUCAGUUCCUUGACCAUUUGCUUUACAAUAUAUAGCAUGCAGAUGAAUCCAGUCAUGCAGGAUCUGAGCAAGUUUGCCGCCAUGAUUCAGUAUUUAUUGGCCAUGAUCAUGCAAAUCAUGCUGCCAAGCAUCUAUGGUAAUGCCGUUAUCGAUUCGGCGAGUAUUUUGACUAAUUCAAUUUAUAAUUCCGAUUGGCCGGAUAUGAAUGCUCGAAUGCGACGCCUCAUCUUGAUGUUUAUGAUGUACUUAAAUCGUCCCAUGUCCUUAAAAGCCGGUGGCUUUUUUCAUGUCGGGUUACUACUGUUCACUAAGACCAUGAAUCAAGCAUAUAGCCUGCUGGCCUUGCUGCUUAACAUAGACCAAUAG